AUGGUGGACGACAUUCGAGCGAUACUAUCGCCACUCCUUUUUGUCUGUUAUGUGUUCGGCACAAGGAUUAUCGAGUAUCCCGUGAAUAAACCAAGAACGUGGUGCAGCUACUUAUACAUACUGCUAAUUUGGUUAACGUACAGUUUAUCGUUGGUGUACACGUUGAUGUGCUACGUACGCAUUAACUCUAUCGUGUAUCAAUUUUGCUUUUGGCUGAAUCUUUUUACAGCGAUAUUGACAAUUGCUCUCGGAAUAUAUCAUGAUAAGAAAUUUAGAAGCUGCCUGAGAAAGCUCGCUAUCGUGGACGACACGCUGGAGAAACUCGGAACAACGACAGAUUAUCAAAAAUUAUACACGAAAGCACUAUUGAUCGUCUUCGUAUGGUGCGCGUUCGUCUUAUGUAUAACCUACACUAGAGCCUUAUGGCUCAAAGGCAGCAGUCAUAAUGUAAAAAAUUUAUUUGUUGCUUUUAUGCUUGAAUAUGGUACUUGUACUAAUCUCUUAGAUGAUCUCGUUAUCACGGGUACUCUUGGAUAUAUAAGAUUGAAAUUUGACCAAGUGAACGAAUACCUGCGAAAAAUGAAAUGCGGAAACGAGUAUGAAUUAAAGCCGGCUUGGGAACACUCGACGUCGAUUCCACGUCGGGUUGGAAAUGCGAAUUCUACGGGCAACGCGUGUGCCACAUGGAUUAUGAUACAUCUUCACUUGGACUUGCGCAAAAUAUCUCGCGAGUUAAACUCGAUAUUUGGACUACAAAUGACUAUCAAGAUGGGAACUUAUUUCGCUUUCAUGGCGUUAGGUUUUCGCGAACUCUUCAAUGUGAUACUCAUCAUUAAUUACGUCGAAAAAACCUUCCUAUUCGUCAUAAUAAUCAUCAAUUUCCUCUUUGCGAACACGUUCAGACUUUUCAUUAUUAAUUAUAUGUGUGAGGAAGUUAGCGUCAAGGUAUAG